AUGGAGGCGUUGCCGGUAGAACGAGAGAAUCUCCGCCGCAGAAACUCAAACUCCACGGCUGUUGUAGUCCCGGAGAAGCUCACGAUUCUGACGAAACCUCACCUCUCCGCCUCCUUCUCCAACGGCUGCGGCGGCUCCUCGGCGGCAUCACCGCCUGAUCUCGCGCUCAUCACCAUGAUCGGGCCCUUCUCCUACACCUCCCUCAAGGACCUCCUCCCGUCGAUGGCCGUGAACUCCCCCACCGCCUCCUCAGCUGCCGGGAGCGACCUCGGCAUCCGCAACCGCCUCGUCAAGCAGGCCGCCUGGGCCUACCUCCAGCCCUCCGCGUCCCCCUCCUCCCGCCGCUCCACCGCGGACCACUUCUUCGCCCUCCGAAUUUGGCCCAAUUUCGCCGCUUUGAUCCGCUUCGUCACUCGGACCCUGACCCGGGCCUACCAGUACCUGAUCCGAUCCACUCGGAUCUGGUGCUGCACAUAA